AAUACCGAAAAAUAUUGUGUCUGAAGUAUCAGGAAGUAUCAGAAAAGCAGAAUAGGCAAGGAAGUUGCCGAAAGUAAACUGCAUGAACCUAGUAUCGACGCGCUGAUUGGUCAGCGCCUUCUAGGCAAGGGCGUCUCUAUCACUCACGUACAGACGCGCUGAUUGGUCAGCGUCUUUUAGGCGGGGGCGUCUCUAUCACUCACGUACAGACGCGCUGAUUGGUCGGCGCUCUCAUUGGCUUGCGCCGGGAAGCCAUCAUUGUAGGUUUAGCCAAUUGCCGCGUAGUCUCUCUCACUAUGGAGUGGGGAUUAUUCCACCUUAAAAUCCAGUAAACCUACUUUCUAAUUCUGUACUCCUAAUAACUUUGACGAUUUUUCGAGCUGUUUAAUCGAACGGACAGCGCCAUUUCUCGGAUGUUAGCUACUUCUUCCUGUCAUAAUUUACUUUCCUAAUAACUUUGAUGAAUUUUCGAAGAUUUGAGAGGCACAUGGUCUAAUCUAAUAAAUAAUAAAUGGCUAGCAGCAUUCGCUCCACUGCGAUGUGAUUGGAUUAGCUAUCCUUUCCACUGGCAGCACGCUGGUUGUAAAAGAUUCCAAACUUACUGCUACCCGCGAAAAAUAUACCUUUGUUGACCUUUGUUUUCCUACCAUUGUGUACCAUUGUUCGAAAGCCUUAAUUCAUUGUGUAAUGGACCUAAAUAAGUAAAAUGUGAAAAGAGAGCUACGCAGUGUAUUAUACCUGCAGUAAAGAUAUUAAAAUAUCUGUGGAUACCUUUGUGAAACGUUUUCAACCAAUGUUUUUGUGAAAAGCAGGAAAAGAAAGAAAAAAUAAACUAGAGAUAAAGAGAAGAAAACAAAAAUGGAAUCAAAAUCUAAGCAAGAAGCUAGCAAAAUUAAUGAGCAGAAUGAGAUUAAAUUUGAAAUAAAAAAUAAAUCUACAUCCAAUGAUCUUGAAUGUGUAAAAUCCCAAAAAAACAUGGAAGACAUUCCUGUGCUUCAGGAAAAUUAUAAUGACCAACCAGAUAGAUAUGAUUUGUGGUUACAUGGUAAGGAUAUUGGUCCCCAUUUUGAGGAAUCUGGACAGACUGUUGCACCAAUGUCGUCACUAACAGAUCUAUCAUGUAAUAAUAGCAGAAAUAGUGAAUUACUACACAGCUAUUUGAAUACAAUACUAAAAAAUAAGCAGUAUACAAUUGAUAAAAAAAAGUCUAUCGCAAGUCCUAGUGUUAAUAUUAGUGAGUUCAUAAAUGUAGAUAUUCCACCUGAUGUUAAAAAGGCCUUACAAGAGCUUGAAAAUGAAGAACAGGAAGAUCAACAAGUUGAAAUAGAUGAACAACAGUUUGACUGGUUUGAAUAUAUGGUGAAAGAUACUUGGUUGAAAGUAGGAGAAAUUUCGGAAGAUCAAUCACAAGUAGAAGUAGGUAAACAACAGCUUGAAUGGUUUAAAUUUCUGGAAUUUUUGGAAGAUUGGUUGAAAGCAGGAGAAAUUUUGAAGCAACUGUAUGUAAUGCAGGAAAGCAGGAAAAGAAAGAAAACACAAACUGAAGGUAAAAAGAAAAUACCAAAAAUGGUAUCAAAAUCAGAGCAAGAAACUAAUAAAAUAAAUAUGCAGGAUUUGAAUGUGAUUAAAAGUGAAAUAAAAGAUGAAAUCGCACAUAGUUCGCACGAUUCAAUUUCUUCAUAUGGACCAUAUUAUGCAAAUAUAUCAAUAGAACAAACUAAUGUGAUGCAACAUAAUCCAUAUUCAGUGCACAAGGAAAUAUAUCCGCUUGAUCAAAUCAUACUUGUACCAUCACUUCAAUCUGCAUCGCCAUCUAAAUCGGCGAAUAAUUUCCAAAAUACUAAUGUGCCGAUGAAACUUGAAAUCAAAUCUGUAAGUAAUUCAAAACAAACUACGCCAAGAAUUACUGAGAAUUCACCGCGUCGAAGGUCGCAAAAAGGUACAUCCCAUGUCAAGAAAUCAUCACUGGCAAAAAAUAAUGAGUUGAAUAAUAAUGUAUGUUCACGAUCGAAUAUUUCCAUUGAAACUCAAGUUAGAACUCAAGUUAGUGAUCCUGCUUGGAUAUCUAGAAAUAUAUCCAAUUUAAAUUCUUUAUCGCAUAAUUCAAAUAUACAAAACACAUCACAAAAAUUACAUCAUGAAUUAAAUAAACACUUAAGUAUAUCUGACAGUAAGUUGCAAGAUUUACAAAAGCAAACAGGUAAUAUUUGUUUAUCUGCACCUAAACAAGUAAAACGAACCAAAGAACUACUACCUAUCUUAAGGAAGCCUAAAGAAAAAGAAGUUACAAUAAAAAGAAAACCAGCAGCUUCCACUUCUACGAGUACUAAGCCUAUUGUUCCUGUGAAAACUUCUGCAAACAUUGCUUCAAUAAAUGCUCCUACAACCGUUGCUUCUACUCCUACGGAUAUUGUUUCUGUGGCUGCUACUACUACGACUGUUGUUUCCGAGAUUAAAAGUACAAAAGAAAUGCAGUCAGCCGAUCAAACACAGUCUGCCGAACAAGCGCAGUCUGCCGAACAAGCGCAGUCUGCCGAUGUAUUACAAUUCUGCAGUUCUCAGUCAACAUCGCUAAUAUUAGGACACAUUUCUGAGAUGAUCUAUCCGAGUGAGCAAAACAAUGAGCAGCUAAAAGCAUUCAAUGAUCAUUGGAGCGCUCAAGUGCCCCAUUGUGCAAUAUGUACUAUUUUUAUUUCACAUACAAACAAAAAUAGUAGGAUGAUGCCACCUGAUUGCAAAUCAACUACGUUAUCUAAGUGGAAACUAAUAUGGGACGUAUUUGUUUUUGCAAACUCUAAGGAACAGGCUACAAAAGCAGAGAAUAACAAACUUUUACGAUGCAGAGAAUGUCACGUAACCGUUCAUGCAUCUUGUUAUGGUAUAAUUAGAUUACCUACGGAUAUCCUAAAUUGGAUUUGCGACAUGUGUAAAGCUGGCAGAAAUGUGAGGUGUUGUUUGUGUCCGAUAUUUGGUGGUCCUCUGAAGCGUACUAGCGAUGGCAGGUGGGCGCAUAUCUUGUGCACGCUUAUGAUACCAGAAACUACAUUCAAAGAUACUAUAAAUGAAGAUCCUAUUAACGUAUUAGCGAAAAAUUUGUAUAAAAAAGAAUGUUGUUUCUGUAGACAACAGAAUGGAGCAUGCGUGAAGUGUAAUCAGUGCAAUAAUUGGUUACAUCCAUCUUGCGGUUUUGUUGCAGGCGCUACAUUUACCCUACCGCUGCAGUACUUAUCUUUGCAUGAGCUUCAGGUAACAUGUAACGGACAUAAUAAAGGCGAAAGAAAGCUCCCACCGAUAUGCCAAGGGGAAACAGUCUGGGCAAAGCAUCGCAACGCCCGAUAUUAUCAAGCUAUAGUAAAAGCUAUCAAAACUAAAAUCUCAUACAUAGUUAAGGGUAAUACCUACAUUUAUUGGAUGCCUCCUACAGAUAUAAAUAAUUAUGAUCCUGGAAACACACCUUUGCUUGGAGCUUCAGUGACGAUGCAACAUACAAUCGAUGAAACUCAUAAAACGGAAGACUGCAUCUUUGGAGGUAUACAACGAGAAAUAAUAUUUACUGUGAUUUUUGAGGAUGACUCCGAACUUGAUUUAAAACGUAACGACAUUUAUAGUUUACAAGAAGUUUUGCCAAAAGGAGUACGUUCUCGUCUGUCUGUUGCAACUGAAAUGAAGUAUCGAACUCACUUUUAUAACACAGAAGACGAAACAGAGGCAAAAGAUAGAAGAAUAAAAGAAGCAAAAAAUUAUUAUUGAGUUGUAACAAUUUGAUGUAAAUUAUUAAAAGAAGAAAGUAUAGAGAAAUUCUCUUAAUAACUGCUGUUAUAAAUAGUUAAUAUGAAAA